CAGGAAACAACAUCUGAACUUCUCUUUCUGUAAGAGGGUACUGUUGAAUUUCACACAGUCAGUUCAUCACUGUGCAUUUGACGACAGCACAUCCUUAAAGACCUGGAAAGAGGGAUAAGGAGCCUUGGAGUACAGCUAACGGCGAUACCUGAUAGGAAAAGGCAUCACUGAGAUAUCACCAUGUCAGAUGAUGAAGCGAAUGUCACCACCAUCACCCCAACCUUUGAUUAUUCAGAGUAUUGGCACACUGACUUUGACUUUGCUCCUUGCAACACCAGUGAUUUGACAACUUUUGGCAAAGUGUUUCUGCCCAUCCUCUAUAGUUUGGUUUUCAUCCUGGGCUUCAUAGGUAAUGGUCUUGUGGUGUGUGUCCUGGCGAAUUACCGGAACCUGACCAACUUGACAGACAUCUGCAUUUUCAACCUGGCUCUCUCCGACCUCCUUUUCAUCCUAAUGCUGCCUCUUUACUCUCACUACUCCAUGGCCAGUCACUGGAGUUUUGGAGACUUCAUGUGCCGUUUUGCUGCUGCCUCCCACAAAACUGGAUUCUUCAGCAGCAUCUUCUUCAUGGUUGUCAUGUCACUGGACCGCUACAUGGUUAUCAUACAUGGUUUCAAGGUGGCACAAUAUCGCACACUGAAGGCAGGCAUGGCUAUGUCUGUGGUGGUCUGGAUGCUGAGCUUGAGUGUCUCACUACCGUCUUUUAUAUUUGCAAGGGUGACCAACGAGUCUUAUGGCGUUGGUUGUGACUAUGACCCUGAUAGCAAUGGCUGGAAGCUUUACAACAUCUUUGCAAUAAAUAUAUUGGGCCUUGUGAUUCCCUUGUUGGUGAUGACAGCUUGCUACUUCAGGAUCAUCCCCACACUGAUGAGCUUGAGAAGUGCAAAGAAACACCGUGUUAUCAAACUGAUCAUCUCCAUAGUGGUUGCCUUUUUCUUAUUCUGGGCCCCCUAUAACAUCAGCCUUUUCUUGAAGUAUCUCAAGGCUAAGGGUAAACUGCAAGGUGAUGAAUGCAGCCUGGAGUCAGAUCUAAAGCUUGCAGUAGCAGUGACGGAGGCCUUUGCUUACACUCACUGCUGCCUGAACCCCAUCAUAUAUGCUUUUGUGGGACAAAAGUUUACAAAACGAGCUGUGCAGAUGCUGAGGAACUGCAUGCCUUGCAUUCCCCUUCCUUCCACAAUAGACUUGUCAGAUAGCACAUACAGGAAAAGCUCAAUUAUGUCAAGGUCCUCUGAUGUCACCUCCACUUUCAUUAAGUAGGAGGUGGAGGGCAGAUGUAAUAUGUUUAUGGACAUCACCUGCAACGUGGCGAGGUAGAGCAGUGGUUAGCACUGUCACCUCAAGGCUUGUUGUCCUCAUGUCUGUGUGGGUUCCCUCCAAGUACUUUGGUUUGCUCCAAAAACACACAGGAUAGUUUAAUUGGUGACUCUAAAUUGCCAGUAGGAGUGAAUGUGAACAUCAGUGCUCAUUUGUCUCUAUAUGUCAGCACUGGGAUGAAUUUGUAACUUGCCUAAGGUGAGCCCUGCCCCUUGCCCAGGGUCAGCUGAGACAGGGCCCAGCCUGCUCCCACGACCCUGCAAAGGAUAAGCUGUGAUAGAUAAUGGAUGGACAUUAACUGCAAACUAUGAUACAUUUCUGUCUGGUUAGCUUUGUUAUUCCUGCCAGCCAUGUUCCCCUUAUUCAUCUAGAAUGAUUUGUUUUAUGUCGAUUCUAGUUUCCAACUAUGACAGUGUUAUUCAUCAGUCUGUCUAUAGCAUACCUGUACAUAUUGUUAUCUUUAAGCUUGAUUUUAUUUGCACUGGAAUAUUUUGUUUUGACCAUAAGUGUGACAUGAUCAGAUUCAUAAUCUCCUCUAUGAUCUCAUGUAUUUUCUAAAUGCUAUGCAAAGAUCCUUGUUUUCCUGCUGACAUUGGAGGAAACUUAAUAGCAAGUUGUACAUCUUGACUGAAACUAUAAAGUUGCUGUCUGUAAAAGCAUCUAACCACAGUGUUUGUCUGUGUCUGCUGUGUUUAUAAUACUUCUGCUUUUUUUUCUCCUGUUUCACACAUUUGGUUGGAAAUAUUCAUAAAGCAAGGGAAAGUUACCAUUUUUUAAAAGAGGCGAAAUACUCUUCUAUGACAUGGAAUGGUUGUUUUCACUUUGCUUGAGGAAAAAAUGAUUCAUUUCAAUUGUUUGAUGAUGUAUCAAAAAGCUGCACAGGCAAAAUUAACAAAGGGUUAUGUGGCACCUUCUACAUGUUCAUCAUUUAUUAAGGAUUGCAAUCUGUUGAUGUUGAUGUGUAACAAAUUUUGGCUCAUCAUACAUAUCUGUAACUUUGCAUAUAUAUAUAUACAUAUAAAUAUAUAUAUACGUGUGUGUGUGCAGUAGCCUGUAUUGUAUAUUUGCAUUUUUUCAGUGUUUUCAUGCUGAAUACAUUUGUAUUUGUUGUUGUUGUAGUUCGCCAGUGGAGAUAAUUGAAGUUUUACAUCUUGUUCUGUCAAGCCAUUGUAGUGGCUUAGAAGAAACUUGAUCUCAAUAAACGUCAACAUAUUAAAGU